CUUUCCUGUCAGCGCCAGAAACAAAGCCAAUCUAAGUUCCUCUCUGGGUUUCCUCCUCCUCUGGAAGGAGCAGAAGUCAGCAUGACAGCUAUAGCAGUGCAGGCGCAGCGGCUACUUACUCACAGAAGACCCAAGAGAUCGUUCUUUGAGACUUUUAUUAGGAGCCUGAUUAUCCUAUGUGCUGCAAUAGCAAUAGUCCUGUCCUCCAUUUCAGUGUGUGAUGGUCACUGGCUUUUUGCCAAAGGAAAACUUUUUGGAUUGUGGCACUUCUGUGCCAUUGGGAACAAUAGUGCCCUGAAAUGUACCACCAAUCUUACACUGGCCAACAUCACUGGAAUCAACAUAGGAAUGAUUCUUGCAAGAAGUAUGGUGUCUUUUGCUGUUGUAGUAGCAAUCUUUGGCCUGGAGCUUCUCAUGGUCUCUCAAGUGUGUGAAGACAUCAGCUCAAGAAAGAAGUGGUCGAUGGGAUCAGCCCUCAUUCUUUUUUCGUUUCUGCUCUCAUCCAGUGGAGUUUUGAGCUUCUUGAUCCUUCUCAGAGACUACAUCACCUUCACAGGCUUUACAUUAACCUAUUGGUGUGAGUUCAUUGCUACCUGCCUUUUCUUCCUGAAUGGACUCAGUGGGCUUCAUCUUAACAACAUAACGUUUCCCUGGAAUAGAAUGGGAAAAAAUUAAGAAUACAAGAUAUCAGCUCUGCUAAGUCAGUAUGUCAAGGUUCUGUAGUGCUCAAAAAAGGACACAAGAGUUUCUCAAGCACACAGCAAACAUUUUGCCAAUAAGUACCACUUUCAGGGGAUAUGUCCAAGAUCAGUUGAUAAUGGAUGUUUGACUUUGGGAAGUUGAAUGUUAAGACCUGCUGGGUUUUUCUUUAGUAAUGUAACUGUCAAUGGUAAUGGAAUGACAAAUGAAUGUUUUGCUUAAUUUAAAGCUCAAUGAAAAAAAUGGCCCCAAUCCAGCUACAGUAAAUGACUAGCACUACAAUCCUAUGCAGAGUUACUCUGGCUAAUGGACUUAGACUACAGUAACCGCACAGGGUUGUACUGUGAGUCCUGUUGAAAAUAAUGGGAUGUUUGUUAGAACUAACAAAUAUCAUUGCUUUGAAUGAGAAAUAAGUAAAAUCUAACUUUAGAGCUUCAGAUGUUUACACAAAUUCAGUGUGUCAUUGGAGUAUGACACAUAUACUGUGUACAUUUGCUUUAUUCUUUUACUAAAUCUUGGUUUGUUAAUUCCUGCACUGCUGGAGUUAGAAACAUUUGUGCAAGGCAGAACAUUGGAUAAUGCAACCUAGAUCACCAGUUCCUAAUUAACCUACAUAUUUUGCAUUUUAGCAUGGCCAAGAUUAAACCAUUAGUUGGGCUUUGCUCCUCGUCAUUUCCUUCAUGACAGCAUAUACAUUUUAUAUACAGUGCAAUUAUUUUACCGUACCAUAUGUGAUGAUAUUUCAUUGUAUACUGUGUGAUUAUUCUACUUAAUGUGGAGAUGGUCUCUCAUCUCCUACCAUCUUCUUUGGCUCCUUGAUGGUCAUCCAUUUCUUCAUAGGCCCACUUGUUCUCAGCCCUUUUCAGCAGAAACC